UAUGUGAGAGCCUUGUCCUCGCGAAUUGUGGAUGACUGUGGGGGGGUCUUUACCAUGGAUACCACAGUUGGUGGUAUCUUUCAACUACUCAAAGGUUUUCACAAUUCUCCAGUGGGAGUAAACCACAGACUACAAGGGAGUUUCACAGCUAUUAAAACCGGGGCUCCGCAGUUGAGAGGUAGCUUUGCAGUUUGUGGAGGUUUAUUUUUCAUGACUGACUGCAUUAUGGUUCAAGUCGGAAGGAAAGAUUCCUGGAACUCCAUCACAAGUGUUGCCUUAACAGGAGCCAUACUGUUAGCAAGAGAUGGAUCAGUGGCCAUCGUUGGGUCAGCAGUGAUGGGUGGCAUUCUAGUUUUAAUUAUAGGACCUGGUAUCUUGUUGAUAAGAUUUAUCUCUGCAUGAUUUCCCAAUGGUCCUCAGUUUGCUGAAGACCCCUCUCAGUUGCCUUCUGCCCAGUUACCCUCCUCACCUUUUGGAGACUAUCAACAAUAUCAAUAGGACUUCUU